AUGACAGCGACGCUCGUCCUGCUCUUGUUGGCGACGACGUCUCCGGCUGAGUCAGCAGCAAAGCAACCCAACAUCAUAUUCAUACUGGCUGAUGAUUUGGGCUGGGCCGACGUCAGCUUCCACGGAUCCACACAGAUUCCGACGCCCAACCUGGACGCGCUGGCUGCCGACGGUGUGGUACUGAACAGCCACUACGCACAGUCAUUGUGCGCACCGUCGCGAGCUGCCCUGCUUACGGGUCUUUAUCCACUCCGCUUCGGCUUACAACAGAGCAUGCUCUAUCCAUCGGCGCCAGGUGGGCUUCCCCUAGAUAUCACCUUGCUGCCACAACAUCUCGGUAAACUUGGAUAUGAAAGCCACAUUGUGGGCAAGAAUGGAUCGUGUGGUUACGACUUCUGGUUUAACGAACAGCCAUUAACGAACGCUCUCGGCAUUUACUCGAUGGACCUGUUUAAAGACAGGGCGAAGAGCAUCAUCGCACAACACAACACAUCCAAGCCGCUGUUCCUGUACCUCAGCAUGCAAGCCGUGCACAUCGGCACCGCUGAACGCAUGUAUCCGGCACCUGAGGAGAACGUCGUGAAAUUCGCCUACAUAGGCAACGCAAAUCGAAUAAGUUACGCAGCCACAGUCGACACGCUCGACCAGGCGGUUGGCACCGUGGUGGAGGCGCUGUACGAGAAGCGCAUGCUCGGGGACUCCGUGAUCGUGUUCUGCAGCGACAAUGGCGCGGAAAGCGUGGGCAUGGGAUCCAACUGGCCCCUGCGCGGCAUGAAGAAGAGCCUCUGGGAAGGAGGCGUUCGGGUGCCAGCGUUCAUUUGGUCCCCGCUGUUGCGUGGUCGGGAAGAACGCGUCUACGAGCACGUCAUGCACUUGGUUGACUGGAUGCCCACGCUGUACCAGGUGGCCGGAGGAAGAGUGGAGGACCUGGGCGCCAUUGACGGCAUCAGCCAGUGGGAUGCGCUGAUGUCUCAUAACAAGCUGCCCGUUCGACAGGAACUCCUGCAUGGCUUCUACCCGGCCGACGGGAGCGGUGCAUACAGGAGCGGCAGGUACAAACUUGUGGUCGUCCCGAGCGAUGGGAGCUGGACUGACACAAGGCUGCAGCCAGUCGGCGACACACCCUCUGACGUAGACCUCGGCAAACUAGCUGGCGAGUCUAAAGCGGCGAAUGUGCUAUCCGAAUUCCACGCUCCGAGCACUGCCAAAGCUGCCAACUUGGAAUGGAGACGAUUGACGAGCGUCUCUUGCGGCCGGGGCCAUGGGAGCAACUCCGAGGUGCUUCACUGUCCGUGCCUCUUUGACAUCGUUGACGAUCCCUGCGAGCUGAGGAACCUGGCGCAGGAGAGAAGUCACAUUGUGGACAUUCUGAUGCAAAAGCUGGCCGCUGCCUCUGACAUCUCGGCGCCAUCGCUCAAGGAAACUCCCGAUCCCGAGGCAUACCCUCUGUACAACAACUGCACGUGGGGACCCAGGUGGAACAGUUUCUGCUCAAGCGACCUUUGCACGGCGAAGCAAAACGCCGCUUCAGGGCCCGGCACCGUUCUUUUAUUAUUUCUCUUCAACUUAUGUUUGACCUACGUCUCACGGACCUUUGCAUGUGAAUUCAAGUAACGCUCUGUUUAUCGUUAAUGUAACUGAGGAUAGGAAACGUGCAGCGCCUACAGGUGGUGCAAUUGUCCACCGUGUCAUAAAGUACAUUGAUCUUGAUAAAGUGCCGCUACUCCUUG